AGUUUGACAAUUUAUUGGCAGAAGAAAAUCGUAUUCGGACUUCGAAGACUGAAGACCGAUAAACUUCUAGAAAAGAAUAAAAAAAUAAAGCAACAAAAUUAAUUUGCUAUAACUGCAAGAGUAUUUAGCUGUGAAUAAUUUAUAAUUUUUUGAUUAAAAAUGUUUACCCGUCAUACUAAAUCAUUAAUUUCCCGCAGUGGUUAUUUUAAUAAAACUACUCCAAUUAUUAGGCAGAUUUCGAUUAGCCCAGUAAAUCGGGAAAUUGUAAAAAUUCAAAGCCCGGAGGAUUUCAAAGAUAAAGUUAUUAAUAGCAAAGUGCCAGUUGUGGUCGAUUUUUUUGCGACAUGGUGUAAUCCAUGCAGACUUUUAACUCCACGCCUUGAGUCAAUUAUAUCUGAAAAUAAGGGUAAAGUUGUAUUGGCUAAAGUGGAUAUUGAUGAGCAAACUGACCUCGCUCUGGACUAUGAUAUUAGUUCAGUCCCAGUGCUAGUAGCCAUAAAGAAUGGAAAAGUACAGCAGCGUUUGGUCGGCUUACAAGACACAGACAAGCUUAGAAAGUGGAUUGGACAGCUUACUUCUGAAGAAGUUAAAGUUCAAGCUUAACAAUAAUAAUUUUAUUUAUAUGUUAUAAUACAUAACCAUAAUAAUAUUACUCUUGUUGAAAUGUUUUACUAGUUGGGAUUAAUAGAGCAAAGAAAAAAAAGACAUUGUUUUAUUCCUGUAAGCAUUGUAUUAAACUUCGGGCCCUAUUAUAUAUGACAUCAUCCGGUUUUGCCUGGUCCGUCUCUUCUAAUUCUUCAUUUUCAUUGUCAUUAUCGUUUUUAUCUUGUGAUUCUGUCCAUUCAUCCAUUUGUUUAAUUAUUUUGUUGGCGUCAUCUAAUAACAUUUUUCGAAUAUUGCCUUGUGCUGACUCAAAAUAUUCUAACAAUAAAGGCCAUGAAGUUUCAGGUAUAAGAAGUUUUGAAAAUUUAUUUUUGUAAAGCCAAACUUGUCUAGCUUUCAUAAACUUCCAAUUUUGUUUGUCAUGUUUCCACUGUGAUAAGUAAUUGAGACAUUGUGACUUUAACUGAUCUUUUGCUGCUGCGGCUGCUUCUGUUUGGCGUUGAAUAAACUUUUCUUUCUUCAUUUGA